AUGAACGAUGUCAGCGAAUACGAAGUGAUCAAAGCACCUCUGACUAGCUUAUCGCGUCGGCGCUAUGCACGCAUACCAAAUACAAGCGAAUUCUGGCACGACCUCUUUCUUGCCAAGUCUGCCAGUCGAUCUUCCUCCAUUGAGGUUCGAGCAGCAUGUCUCUAUGCGACGAAGUGGCGGGCCCAAGAUGAUACUGGCCGGCCCAGAACAAUUUGGGAUGAUAUCUUGGUGGAGGUAAAGUGGUUACGGGAAGACUACAAAUGUGACAUCGAAAGGAAAAAGGAUUUUAUGCGUGAGGUGGCUAACCCCUGCGCUGAGGAAGCCCUACAGCGGCUUCAGCGCAUCUGCUCGAGACGUGAGGAGGAAGACUCGGGUCAAAACCUGAGGAAUGAAUCCACUAUUCCUGAAUGGGCGAAGGAAGAGUACUCUGCUCAACGGGUUCUGGCCAAUGAGCAUCGACCAGAACCGUUGUCUGAGGAAGGAGUAUCAGAGCACGAUAUAGCUUCACAAUCCCCCAACCAGCUUCCAGCAGGUGGCAAGAGAAAGGCAGCCACGCUUCGGGGGGGCCGCAAGUCGAAACGCCUUUGCUACUUGGCUGAUGCCGGCAGCAGGUAA